AUGUCUGUCAAGGUUCUCACAUCUCUUCUGGCCACGCUGGGCGUGGCCUCCGCACACACCAUCAUGCAGGCCAUCAGUGUGAACGACAAAUCUUACCCGCAAGGCGCCGGCAUCUACAUGCCCGCAGACAACCAUUUCAUCGACGAUGUCAAUUCCGACUCCCUGGCCUGUAAUGGAGCACCGGUGACUGGCUUCGCCUCGUCCUCUGAAGUCAUCCCGGUCAAGGCAGGCGACACCGUGACGGGAGCAUGGAAACACGACCUGACGGCCACGGGCGCGGACGAGUACACGGACAACAUAGCCAUCGACUCCCCUCACAAGGGCCCUGUGAUGGCCUACAUGAAGAAGGUCUCCGACGCCGCAGAGAGUCCAUCGAACGCUCCUGGCGACGGCUGGUUCAAAGUGGCAGAAGAAGGCCUGAACGGCGAGACUUGGGGUGUCGAUACCCUCAUCGACGCUGGUGGGCUCCAGAGCGUCAAGAUCCCGACUUGCGUCGAGGACGGUGACUACCUGCUCCGUUUCGAGAUCAUCGCACUGCAUAACGCCUCCCUUCCCAGCAGCGCACAAUUUUACAUGGAAUGUGCCCAGCUGAGCGUGUCCGGGGGAGCAUCGACCUCCCCCGAAACCUACUCGAUUCCAGGCAUCUACUCUGCCAAUGACCCUGGCCUCUUUAUCGACAUUUACAACAGCGAGGGCCAGCCAUACCCAGAUGGCGGCUACACUAUCCCUGGUCCUGACGUCUUCACUUGCGACGAUGCUGCUGCCUCUGGCGAAAAGACCACCAUCUCUGCCGAGACGGGCACAACGAUGGCACCCAGCACUGCGUCCAGCGUUGUCGUCUCACCCAUCAUUACCGAUGAUUCCGACAGCACCGGCACCACAAAGAUCAGCCCGCCGCAGCCCACCCCUCCUGCCGAUGAAACCUCCUCGCCAGCUUCUUCCGAGUCACCCACUACCGCAGCUUCCGGCGCGACAGAAGUCAGUACCGUCACCAGCACUGCGGCCGCGACAACCGUAAAGCCCACGCGUCGCCCUCGUCCUACGCGACACCCUCGCCCGACGCGAACCCACGGCGAGAAGCCAGUACACCCGACGACUUUCAGAACCAUGAUGCACCCUCAGCCAUCGCCGGUUGGAGGGGAGGAGCCCGGCUGCGAUGUUGAGUACGUUUAG